AUGAAGAACUUUCAUCACUGCUCAGAGUGUGGGAAGAGUUUUACUAAGCAGAGCAAUCUCCAACGACACCAGCGUGUUCACACAGGAGAGAAGCCAUAUCACUGCUCAGAGUGUGGGAAGAGUUUUACUACACAGAGUAAUCUCAAACAACACCAGCGCAUUCAUACACGAGAGAAGCCAUAUCACUGCUCAGAGUGUGGGAAGAGUUUUACUACGCAGAGUCAUCUCCAAGGACACCAGCGCAUUCACACAGGAGAGAAGCCAUGUCACUGCUCAGAGUGUGGGAAGAGUUUUACUACGAAGAGUCAUCUCCAAGGACACCAGCGCAUUCAUACAGGAGAGAAGCCAUAUCACUGCUCAGAGUGUGGAAAGAAUUUUACUACGCAGAGUCAUCUCCAACGACACCAGCGCAUUCAUACAGGAGAGAAGCCAUAUCACUGCUCAGAGUGUGGGAAGAGUUUUACUACGAAGAGUCAUCUCCAAGGACACCAGCGCAUUCAUACAGGAGAGAAGCCAUAUCACUGCUCAGAGUGUGGAAAGAAUUUUACUAUGCAGAGUCAUCUCAAACAACACCAGCACAUUCACACAGGAGAGAAACCAUAUCACUGCUUAGAUUGUGGAAAGAAUUUUACUGUGCAGAGUAAUCUCCAACUACACCAGCGUGUUCACACAGGAGAGAAGCCAUAUCACUGCUUAGAGUGUGGAAAAAGUUUUACUCAAUGGAGUACACUCCAACAACACCAGCGUAUUCACACAGGAGAGAAGCCGUAUUACUGCUCAGAGUGUGGAAAGAGUUUUUUUCAAAGUAGUGACCUUAAAGUACACCAGCGUGUUCACACUGGAGAGAAGCCAUAUCACUGCUCAGAGUGUGGAAAGAGUUUUGCUCAACAUGUUAACCUAAAAAAACACCAGCGUAUUCACACAGGAGAGAAACCGUAUCACUGCUCUGAGUGUGGAAAGAGUUUUGCUCAACAGGGUACCCUUCAAAACCACCAGCGAAUUCACACAGGAGAGAAACCGUAUCACUGCACAGAGUGUGGAAAGAGUUUUACUCAAAGUAGUGCCCUUAAAGUACAUCAGCGUAUUCACUGUAAGUUGUGA